AUCAAGUCUAUCUAUCAAAUGACAUCGCAAACCCUAAGACUGAAUCAUUAGUUAGGAGAAAAGUUUUAUUUAGUCACUGGGCUCAGUAUGCGUUUAUCCAACAGUUACGUUUAUAUGACUUUGUCCAUCAUGAAAUAUAUGAUUUACAAGUAACUUACUCUAUACAAUGUCCAUUUGGAAUAUUUAUUUUAUACGGGAUUUAGGAUUUUACUGCUUUUGUUUUUAUGGAUUUUAUUACUUCACACUGGUUUUGUCAUACAGCUUUUCGGAACAACCUAUUUUCAGACAAUUUACAGUAACGAAUAUAAGUCAAGAAUUGAAAAAUUCUGUUGAUAAAAUUUUAAAGCCGAAUUUCCCCAAUGAGUAUAAUUUGUUCCAUUGGACUACGGUGGCAGGAUUUAAAGAAAUUGUUAAUAACACUCGUGUAGUAUGGUUAAUUUUUGGUGGAUCAAUUGAUAGGAUAAAUUCAAGUUCAGUGAAUCCAUUUACAAAGAAAGCAGUCGGGGUUAUUGCUUGUCGGUUAACUUACAAAUCUGAGUAUGCAUUAUGGCUACGUUUAGAUGAAUGUUCUCCAAUGGAAGUUAAAAACAUAUCAAAUCAAGAAAACGAGCAUGAUCCAAAACAUCAUGAUGGCACUACCCUUUUAGGAGUGAGCCUUGGUAGUCUUGAGUUCGAAAAACCCAUUAAUGGAGCAGUUAUUGUUUAUUGUGAUCCUCUUUGGCAUACUGGUGAAAGGAAAUAUAGAAGUCAGUCUGUAGUGGACAUGAAAUAUCAAGAACAAGCUGGUGGUAGAUGCCAUAUUCGUUUAAGACACAAGGGUCAAUGGAUACGUCAAAGGAAAACAAACCAAAUGGAAGACAUCAUUCAAUUUUGUACUAACUCAGGUUAUUCACAACCGUGUGGUGGAGGAUUUUCAUUCGAUUUACAACAAACAACAACUCGUAGUUAUCAAAAUUACUAUGAUCAUCUCAAUUCACAGUUACCAAAUAUUCGACUUCUUACCAGUUUGUUUUUAGCCAAUCCAGGUGAAGUACACAUUUUAGAUGACAUAUUAAUGAAUUUUAAAAACAUUCCUGAUCAACAGCAAGCUGAAUUUACUGUUCACAGAAUUCUAGGUAAUCAUGUACAAUUUAGUCAACAAGUUAAAUGGACACCACUUUCCAAGUCUUGGAAACAUCAUUUCAAUUUAGAAGAUAAUAAAUCCAUUUCAGGAGGCGAUGUAUGGAUGCAUGAAAACUUAGCUAUAGUUUCUUCAUUAAGCAAUUCCUACGGACCAAAUAUAAAAGCUUUCAACCCCAAGUCUACAGAACCAGAGGGCUUGUUGGUUUACAGUAUCAUAAAUGAAAAUCGGAGCAAUGCCGAAUCAUCUGGUGAUUUUACUGGCUUCGGUUUCACCGUAGAAACAGUAAAUAUUCCGCAACACUCAAAAGAUAAAAGUGUUUCACGAACUAACUAUGGUAUUUUAAUUGGAGCCCCGUUUGAGAGUUCUACGAAACAAUACAAUCCUAAUCAUGGAAGAGUGUAUAUCGUAUGUCCAGAAAAACGUAUUACCCAUAAAACUAGCUUAUUUUUCGUAGAAGGGACUCGAAAAAAUGAGUUUUUUGGAUAUUCCAUAGCUCGUCUAGGUGAUAUUGACGGAGAUGGGAUUGAUGAUGUGGCUAUUAGUGCUCCAGCAAUACAAUCAAAGAAAAUGGAAUCACCUAAUCGAAAUUUAAAUAUUUCAUUAUAUAGUGGUCGUGUUUAUAUUUAUCGAGUUACAUCACAGUGUACACUGGAUCUACAACCUUUACAGAUUAUAGAAUCUCCUAAUCUAGAAAUUGGUGAUGGUUUUGGAUUCGGGAUAUCAAGAGGUUUUGAUGCCGAUGGAGAUGGUUGGCCAGAAUUCGCUGUUACUUCGCUUAAACUUAAUACUGUACCAUAUUUAUUUACAAUGCCUAAAUUAUUGAAAUCACAAUGUCGAGUAAAUAUUCCACCAUUAUAUUCAAUGUUACACUUCAAAAAGGGGACAACAAUACCAUUUGAAAUAAAUGUACGCCUGUAUGACCUACAUUUGAGACAAUAUAUUAACAUUCCGGAAGGAUUAAUUUCUACUAAAAUACGUCAUCAUGAAGUGAAUCCAGAUGUACUAUGGAAUGACUAUUUAUAUUCAAACAGUACCACUCAAACUUUCUCAUCUGAUUUUUUAGUAAAACAAAGCGUUGAGUUAUCAACAUUCGAUAUGUUCACUAUUCAACUCAAUAAGUUAAAACCCCGAUUUCAACUAGGAGAUAACAAAAUAAGUAAUAUACACUUGGAUUCAUCACAGUCAUAUAUAAUAAUAAAAUUCCAUUUAAUAGCAAUGUACGGAUUAGAAGAAAUGAAUUUAAAUAGUAUACCAUUGAAAAUCUCAUAUAAAUCUGAAUUAAAUUUGACUGAAUGUAAUUUUAUGCAAAACUUUAAGAAAUGUAAUAAACAAGAAUACCCUUUAAUUGAUUGGUCUGAAUGUUCUCAGUUAAUACAACUGGCCCAACCAGUUUGUAUUCCAGCGAAUGAAUGCAGUUCCGAUUUGAGUUUUAAGAACAUAAGUUGGAGUUCAAUACAUUCAGUGAUGACUACACAAAGUAAUAAAGAUUCGUUGACUGUAAUUGAUAACUCGUUUAUAAAAAUUAUUAAAUAUGGACAUCCAAAUGAACAACAACAAGUGAUUCGAUUGAAAUUAAUUAAUUUGGGUCCAACUAAGUCAACUGGAAUUCAUAUUUUGACUCGCUUUUAUAAUUGGUACCUAGUAGAUGAUGAAAACCUGACUUUAACUAACGGUAUUCAAGGUAAAAUCACUCAGAUAAAUAUCAAGAAGUUGUCAAAAAAUGAAACAACUUCAAUAAAUCUCAUUAAUUUAACAGACUCAAAAAUAUGGACUAUUAAUAUAGAUGAAAAUGGUUUAUUUGCACUAAUUUCAUUAUCACCAUAUUUGUGGAUUUAUCCCAAUGAAAUUAUACAAAUUGAUAUAUAUGUGUUUGUUCAAGGUCUGUUGUCACUGCCGACUCUAUCAACAGGUCAAAAAUUGAAAAAUGAUACUAUGUCAUUUAGUUAUUCAAAUAUAAAUUAUAGAUAUCCGCCAAAAUUUGAAAUUCAAGUAACAUCAGAAACAAAUGAUAAACAAAAAGAAAACAAUUUAGUAAGUAUAUCAUAUAGAAUUCUUUAUAAACCAAUGGUGAAUAUUUUUGCGGGUAUACAACCAUCAACUAUAAUUGAUGACAGGUUGGAGCCUUAUGUGAUUGAACAAAACACAAUAUCACGUAAAAUAUUUUCGUAUGAUAUUGGACCACGAAUUGAACAUACGUUCCUUAUUGAAAAUCAAGGAUGGAUAGCUCUUACUAAUCUAAGCUUAAUCUUACAACUACCAUAUGAAACAACUAACGGUCAUAGAUUACUGUAUUUAACUGAUCAAAUUCGUGAAGCAUCAUACACUAAUCAAACAACUCUGUUGAGGAAUAUUCUACCAACUAUACUCAGUUCCGAUGGGAAACAAUAUGGUACUUGUGAAAUACCGAAAAAAUUCAUUAAUCCAUUAGAGCUUACACUGAUGGAUUUCAAAUUUAUCAAUGAAAAAACACGAAAAGCUGCAAAUAAUUCGCUUGUCAAAUUUACAAAACGUAUUAAACGAGAUAUUGAAAAAUCCAAUCAAAUAUCAUUAUCUUAUUCUCAAAAUAUACAAAAAUUUAUACCAAAUUUAAUAUCUGAUUUACAUAAUAAUAUUUUACAACGAACAUAUAAAAAUAGAAUCAUAUUAAAUUGUCCACAUUUAAGACAUUUAACAAAAAAUACUGAAACAAUAGAAAAUAACUAUUUAAUAAAUUGUAUCAAUAUUCAAUGUCAUAUAAAACAUUUAAAACAUGGAGAUACAGUAAGAUUAAAAUGGACUGGUUGGUUAUGGGCUGAAACAUUUUUUAAAUUAGAAAAAUCUGAUAUACAAUAUAUAAGUAGAUUAAACAUUGAUAAUUGGGGUGAAUUACCAUUAAUUAUUAAAGCAUAUCAUAAUAUUGAAAAAAAUCUUUCACAGAAUAAAAAUUAUACAAUAAAUACUGAUAAUCAAUUUAUUAAUAUUAAAUAUUCAUCUGAUAAUUUUUUAGAACUUAAACAAUUAAUUAUUUUUCAUAAUGUUCAAUUAAAAAUAACUCAUCAAGUACCAUUAUGGCCAAUUAUAACAGGCUCAAUUGUUGGUUUAUGGAUUUUAAUGAUUUUAUGUGCAUCAUUAUAUUGUUGUGGAUUUUUCACUAGACAAAAAAAAUAUUCUAUAUUAAAAACAAGAAAUAUUUCAUUUUGUCAUGAAAAUAUUCAUCAUAAUAAAACGAAUCAUGUUAAUAAUAAUAAGUUUUUUGACUGGUCAUCUUCACAAGAUUCAUUUAUUAAAACUAAAGAUAAUCAUUAUCAUUUAAAAAGUUCAAAUUUAAAACUACCAAUACCGAUAAAUAAGAAUCAAUUUGAAUUUGAUAACAAUGUUGAAAUAUAUCAAUCUAAUUUAAAUGAUAAAUUACUUUCAGAUGAAUAUGUUAAAAAGAAUAAUUUACAAAUAACUAAUAAUGAAUAUCAACAGAAUUUAUUUAAAACAUUUAUAGAACCUAAUGAACUGAAUGAAAAUGAUGAUUGUUUUAGUUCAUUAUUAAAACAAUCAAAAUUUUUAUUAUCUGAACAACAUCAAUUACAACAAUUAGAAGUUAUUGAAGAAGAUAAAGAAUCAUCUAAAUCAUCAAUUUCUCUUAACAACAAUUAUUAAUUUUGAAGAUGUGAGAAUUUUUUUCUUGAUUUUUCAAAAAAAAAAAACAAUCAUAGGUCUUUAAAAUUUAACACUGGCUUUAGUUUUUAUGAAAAAUAAAUAAAUAAAAGAUUCUAAACACCCCUGUUUUAUAGCGCAAGUUUCACAUAAAUCUAUGUUUUAAUGUUUUUUACUCACUGAAUACUAUUCAAACUUUAAUGUGUAAUAUAAAUGUUUAAAAUAGUAGUUUUAUGUUUACAAUCUCAACUUUGAUGAUAAAUAACUAACUUACGUUUUCAGUGUAGUAAUUUUUAUUGGAUAUAUAUGGAACGUCAAUGUAUCUCUAGGAAACUUUUUAUAAAAUAUAUAUAGUUUCUGAUUAUUUUAUUUG